AUGUACACCGUGCCGCUGGAGGACGUGUUGAAGAUGACGCGGGUCCGUCCACACGAGGAGCUAAAGGCAGAAGGAGUUCUCGUCAAGCACGAAGCUAAGUUGGGAAACGCUGCUUUCGUUUCACACCAGUGGAUCGCGGACAAGCAUCCGGAUCCCAACGGUGAGCAGCUUGAAGACUCUAGGCCUAUAUAA